AUGGAGAUGCCGUCAAGGACUUUCUUGAAUUGGUACAGAAGAGCAGAUUACACGGCAUAUGCAUUCAACACGAGGCCAGUUAUGAGAAACCCGUGUCAAAAGCCAUUCGUGUUUUACAUGUCGAAAGCAAGAAUGAAUUAUCGUACAAAUAUAACGGUGAGCGAAUACAUUCGCCAUAUAGUUCCUCAUCCAAAAUGCAGAUGGAAGAUGGCUAACCCGGCUGAAGUUGAUAAAGUGGAGGUUCUCAAGAAACCCGACCCAUUGCUCUGGAAUAGGUCUCCGAGGAGAAAUUGUUGCCGAGUCUUGGAAUCAAAGAGAAAAGGCAUGGUUAUAGAUGUGGGCGUAUGUAGGGAAGGUGAAAUCAGCAGAGUAUUAACAACGAAGACCUAA